UAAUCCUUUGUGAUUGAAAGAGGGAAACGCCUCCCCUCAUGUUAGACAUAUCUACAUUUAAAUCUGAUUGGACGUUGCAAUGAUCCGCUGGAUUGGACAGAGGGAUAAAUUGUCCCGCCAGACCCAGACCUCCCCAUCAGUCUGACCUCAAUAAAGAGAAAGUGACUUUAAACAAACAGCCAUCAUGACGGGAAGAGACGAGGCAACAGAUGAAAAACCAAAGCUUAAACUUUAUCCAUCUUUCGGAAUCGACAAAUCGCGGUCUGGAUUUAGGUCCAAAGGGUUCGCCAUCACAGACUUGCUGGGUCUGGAGUCAGAACUUCAGCCUCAUCAGUCCGGUCCCGGAGCAGGUGCCAAUGGAGAAGUGCAGAGCGCGGGGGUUGGAGGCUUUUCUUUCUCCGGAGGAUCGUUGCCACUCGGACUGGGUUUUCUCUGCAGUUUGGCGGCUCAGCAACCUCCCGGUGCCCCGUGUUUUUUGCCGAGCCAUAUACCGCUUCUGCAGUCAAGGACAGAGGGCCACUUUAUGCAGAAUUUGGAGCAACAUCGGGAUCCCUAUUCUGAUGACGAGUGUCUUUCUGGAGAUCGCAAUGAUGGGAAAAACUCAGGGAAUUCACAAAAGAGGAAAAAAAGAAGGCACAGGACAGUAUUUACCUCACAUCAACUUGAGGAACUAGAGAAAGCUUUCCACGAAGCGCACUAUCCAGAUGUUUACGCACGAGAAAUGCUGGCUAUGAAGACAGAAUUACCAGAGGACAGGAUACAGGUAUGGUUUCAAAACCGUCGUGCCAAGUGGAGGAAAAGAGAGAAGUGCUGGGGUCGCAGCAGCGUCAUGGCGGAAUACGGGUUGUACGGUGCCAUGGUCCGCCACUCCAUUCCACUGCCUGAAUCCAUAAUCAACUCUGCCAAAAAUGGGAUGAUGGGUUCCUGCGCUCCCUGGCUUCUAGGUGAGCCAGAAGGAAUGCACAAAAAAUCAAUAGAAAUUGCGAAAAAAGCCCCUGGCACCCCUGACUCCACACAUUCCGAUUCGUAUUCAGAGGAACAGAAGGAGAAAGACAGCGACACCACUUGGUCAAGUGGAGGUAAUGGCGCAGACGACUCCGAAGACAUGGCAAUGGAUUUGUCCAGCACUUCGAAGCAAGAGAAUAAAUGCACUUUGAAAAGAUCACCACCUCGCACAGAACCAAGCAGUGAAUCUGAAACCGAGAGUUAGUUAUGCACAAUCUGAAUAUAUGGACAAUUUUAAAGAGCACACUCGGACAAAAAGGACUGUCGAGAUUUGUAAAACCUUGUUUUUUGUUGUUAAACGAUUUUGUCUUUAAGUGUUCCUGUGUUAUUAUUAAUAUUAUAGGUUUUUGUUGUUAUUUAUCUUUAAUGUGUAAGAAGGAGUAAUGUAAAAAGAUAUGUUUACUGUAAUGUUGGUUUUAUGGCCAUUAUUUACUUAAUUUAAAAUAAGUUGCUAUUUUUCUUAAAAUUUGACCUUUUAUUUCACAACACUGUGAAUGUCAUACAUGUGAAUACGUCUGUAUUGUAAUGUGACUUGGAGAGCAGAAAGUUCAUUCUGUAUGUCUGAUGAUGAAGUACAGUGUGAUGGAUUUUAAAGCACUUUACUCUGUUGAUGAAUGUUUGACAAUGAUCAGCAUCAUCAACAGAACAAUGAUACCAGCAAAAAAUGAAUCCAUAUCAUUGCAAAAAUAAAUAUUUUAUGCUUUUUAUUUA